AUGGCGCAACCGCAACCGCAGCUAAGCAACAAGGACAGCGCCUUGUUCAGGCAAGUCGUGCGCCACUUUGAGAACAAACAGUACAAGAAAGGCUUGAAAGCAGCGGAGCAAAUUCUACGCAAAAAUCCCAACCAUGCCGACACUCAAGCUAUGAAAGCCCUCAUUAUUGGCCAACAGGGUCACACGGAAGAGGCCUUUGCUCUGGCCAAAAUUGCUCUGAACAACAAUAUGAAAUCCCACGUGUGCUGGCACGUCUACGGUCUCCUGUAUCGCGCGGAAAAGAAUUUCGAGGAAGCAAUAAAAGCAUACAAGUUUGCCCUGCGGUUAGAACCAGAGUCUGCACCCAUCCAACGAGAUCUCGCGCACCUACAGAUACAAAUGCGAGACUUUGAAGGCUACAUCCAGAGUCGACGAAACAUGCUACAACAAAAGCCUGGUUUCCGUCAGAAUUGGACAGCUUUGGCCAUCGCUCACCAUCUGGCCGGAAAUUACGAUGAUGCCGAGAAAGUCCUUACCACAUACGAAGAGACUCUCAAAACAAAACCUACCAGGUCCGACAUUGAGCACUGGGAAGCAGUUCUGUACAAAAACUACAUCAUUGCCGAGUCCGGUGAACUAGAAAAGGCACUCGAGCAUUUGGAAGUCGUAGGCAAGAAGAGCCCUGACGUUCUUGGGGUCAUGGAAAUGAGAGCCGACUAUCUCGCUCGCUUGGAUCGCAAGGCAGAGGCGGAAGCUGCUUAUGCUGCUCUUUUGGAGCGAAACCCCGACACCUCUGCUUACUACGACGGAUAUGUUGAUGCGAAAGGGCUGACGGAUGGAUCGGUCCAGGAUCUCAAGAAAGCAUAUGAUGAGCUGGCAGAGAAAUACCCAAAGGCAGAUCUUCCACGACGGAGAACGCUAGACAUUCUGUCCGGAGAGGAAUUCAAGCAAGCGGCCGACUCUUAUCUGCAGAAGUUCCUCCGAAAGGGAGUUCCCUCUACAUUUGCAAAUAUCAAGCACCUUUACACUGAUAAGUCAAAACGAGAUGCUGUCCAGGAAUUAGUGGAGGGAUACGCCGCUGGCAAAGUGAGCUCGCAGAGCAACGGCGCUACAGAAAAUGGUGAUGGCAAAGACGAAUCGCGAUUCGAGUCCUCCGCGCUCUACUUCCUGGCUCAACACUACAACUACAAACUGAGUCGAGAUUUGGACAAGGCUUUAGAAUAUGCCGACAAACUCCUCCAACUUGAUCCCAAAUCCGUCGACUCUUACGCGGUGAAGGCAAGGUCGUACAAGCACAAGGGUGAUUUGGAAAAGGCUGCAGAGGUGAUGGAUCAAGCUCGUGCUCUCGAUGAAAAGGAUCGGGCCAUCAACACCAAGUGUGCCAAAUAUCAAAUCCGGGCAGACCAGAAUGAGAAAGCACUUGAUACCGCCAGCAAGUUCACCCAGAAUAAGACUGGUGGGCCUCUUGGAGACCUCGUUGAUAUGCAAUGUGUGUGGUAUUUGACAGAAGAUGGGAAAUCAUAUCUUCGUCAGCGAAAACUCGGUUUAGCAUUGAAGCGCUUCCACCAGGUCCUGGCCAUCUUCGACGUCUGGCAGGAGGAUCAAUUCGACUUCCAUAACUUCUCCCUCAGGAAGGGCAUGAUCCGAGCCUACAUCGAUAUGCUCCGAUGGGAAGACCACCUCCGCGACCAUCCGUUAUAUUCAUCCGCGGCAAUUGCGGCUGUCAAAACCUACAUCCUCCUGUCCGACAACCCAGAUCUCGUGCACGGACCCAUCAUGGGCACUGUCAAUGGGACAGGCAAGACCGGUGAAGUUAGUGCGGCAGAUCGCAAGAAAGCGCUGAAGAAGGCCAAACGGGAGCAAGAGAAGAUGGAAAAGGCCGAGGCCGAGAAGAAGGCGGCUUUAAAAGCUGCCAAGCCGACCCCUAAGAGUGAAGAUGUCGACAACAAGAAGGAAGAUUCGGACCCAUUCGGAAAAGCGUUGGUGGAGACCAAAGAGCCCUUGAAGGAUGCGCUCAAGUUCCUUACGCCGCUUCUUGAAUCCAGCCCGCAACUCGCCGAGGCGCAAGCCGUCGCAUUUGAGCUCUAUAUCCGACGAAAGAAGUUCCUGCUUGCGACCAAGGCGCUGUUGGCGCUUGAGAAGCUAGACGCCAGCUUCGACCAACUGCCGGACUACAAGAGCCAGCUCAAGCAAGCUCUGGGCGAGAAGGACACCCCGGAAAAGGUAUUGGAGAUCGUGAGAAGCGAGGCAAGCCAUCUGCUUUCCUGA